UAGGGUCAGAUAGUCGCCGCCGCAGCCGCCUUGUUCCUGCGUCCCCACCCCCACAGCCCCAAGCCUAGGCCCAGCUGCUCUUCCUGCCCUCCUCCCCCUCAUCACCCUCCCCCUCGGUUUCUGCCGUCGGGGCCCCGGGGCCGGGCGAAUGAUGCCGUCGAAGAGCGGGGCUGAGCGCCUGGACGGGGCGGUUGCGCAGGUGGGGACAGCUGCGGCCACGGCGGCACCGGCUGGCGGCGGCCCCGACCCGGAGGCCUCAUCAGCCUCCCCUCAACAGCACCUGAGCAGGCUGAGCUGGCCACAGGUGAAGCGGCUGGACGCGCUCCUGAGCGAGCCAAUUCCCAUCCAUGGGCGCGGCAACUUCCCCACGCUGAGCGUGCAGCCCCGACAGAUCGUGCAGGUAGUCCGCAGCAACCUUGAGGAGCAGGGACUUCGGGUACACAGUGUUCGACUCCACGGGUCAGCUGCCAGCCAUGUGCUGCACCCCGAGAGUGGCCUGGGCUAUAAGGACCUGGACCUGGUGUUCCAGGUGGACUUGCACAGCGAAGCAUGCUUCCAGCUCACCAAGGCUGUGGCGCUCGCCUGCCUGCUGGACUUCCUGCCAGCUGGUGUGAGCCGGGCCAAGAUCACACCACUGACACUCAAGGAGGCUUAUGUGCAGAAGCUGGUGAAAGUGUGCACGGACACAGACCGCUGGAGCCUCAUCUCACUAUCCAACAAGAGUGGCAAGAACGUGGAGCUCAAGUUUGUGGCCUCAGUGAGACGCCAGUUCGAGUUCAGCGUUGACUCCUUCCAGAUCAUCCUGGACUCUCUGCUGCUUUUUGGCCAGUGCUCAUCUACACCCAUGUCUGAGACCUUCCACCCAACGGUGACAGGUGAGAGCCUGUAUGGGGACUUUGCCGAGGCCCUGGAGCACCUGCAGCACCGUGUCAUCGCCACGCGCAGCCCCGAGGAGAUCCGAGGUGGUGGCCUCCUCAAGUACUGCCACCUCCUAGUGCGGGGCUUCCGGGCACGGCCCAGCACAGACGUGCGUGCCCUGCAGCGGUACAUGUGUUCCCGCUUCUUCAUCGACUUUCCCGACCUGGCAGAGCAGAAGCGCACUCUGGGGCGCUACCUGGAGGCCCACUUUGGCGAGGGCGAUAGCACCCGGCGGUAUGCCUGCCUGGUGACCCUGCAUAGGGUGGUCAACGAGAGCACCGUGUGCCUCAUGAACCAUGAGCGCCGCCAGACGCUGGACCUCAUUGCCACACUGGCACUCCAGGCACUGGCCGAGCAGGGCCCUGCUGCCACUGCUGCCCUAGCCUGGUGCCCUGCAGGCACCGAUGGGCUUGUGCCAGCCACUGUCAGUUACUAUGUGACCCCUGUGCAGCCUCUGCUGGCUCGGGCCCACUCCUAUCCCACCUGGCUUCCCUGCAACUGACUCAGACCCUGGCCAGAAGGGACCGGGCCUCAUGGGGAGGGGUCACUAGGAAGGUGUGGAGGAUAUGACCAGAGACAGGCAGCCUGUGCCAGCUGGCCCAGCUCUGCUGCAGGGUUGGGACUUCACCUGAACACAUCAGACUUCCCUGAGUGAAGCUUUUGUGGUUGAAGGUCAAGCCAAGUUCUUGACAGGAGGAUCCUUUGGUCAUUGUGCCACACUCAGAACAGCACAGUUGUAGGGUAUGGGGGUUACUCGUCUGGAGGAUGAAUGGCCUUCAGGAGACCAUCUGAGCCUGGGUGGUAGCUCAGAAGUGUCCUAUACCUUCAGUUGACUUCCAUGGCCUAGCAAGGGUCUUUCUGACUACAACAGCCCACAGUUAUCCUAGCAUCCCCCAAGGCACUGGCUAAAAUAUAGAAUGUGAUGGAGAAUACUCACUUUGGGUCUGGCUAGACUACUGGCAGAAUAUGGAGGCCAAACCUGACUGAUCACUAGGAGGAGGGAGACAGGCAUGAGGCAGCUCCCGAGUUUGGGAAGGGAUGGGUUUAGCCAAUUCCCUAGAAACCCAUACCCCAAGCUGGGGAACUUCCCUCUUGAAGGGUGGAGGUUUGCAAGGGACAGGAGCCAAGUAGUCAGGGUGAGAUCCAGCCCACAUCCUCCUGGUGUGUUUCUCCCUUCACUUGAGGUGUGAGGGGCUCUGGUGCCUGGGAGCGUGUCCUUCAGAGGGUUCUGGGUCCAAAUCUUCCACAGUCAAGUCCAGUACUCCUGCUUAACUGGCUUGGUUGUAGGACUUUCACAUGGGGAAGGGGAAUCCUAGCCCCAACCUCCUUUUCCUUCUUUGCUCUAAAUUUGCUAUCUUCACCACCUGUCAAUAAAGAUUCCCUACACUGAG